GGGACUUGUCAAGCUGUGAUUGGUUGCAACCAGCAGCCACCAUUGAAAGUGUAUCUGCUGCUCAUCGUCUCAGUGUCAGUGUCCGCCGGUUAUGAGAACAAAGAUGGAGAUAAUUCAACCUAUCCUCUUUUUUGUCAAAUCACUGCUGUUUCUGCUGCUGUGGUCAAACUGUGAAGGAACUGGAAGAGAGUCGGAGCUCAACUAUGUGACCUGCGGCUCACUUGUCAAGCUGCUCAACACCAGACACAACGUUCGCCUGCACUCCCACGAUGUCAAAUAUGGCUCAGGCAGUGGACAGCAGUCUGUAACUGGAGUGGAGAACGCAGACGAUGCCAACAGUUAUUGGCAGAUUCGUGGGAAACCCAAUGAUCCGUGUCAGCGUGGGGUGGCCAUCAAGUGUGGUCAGGCCAUCCGCAUCACACACAUGAAGACUGGCCGAAACCUCCACACACACCACUUCAGCUCCCCCCUGUCUAAUAACCAGGAGGUCAGCGCCUUUGGAGAGAACGGUGAAGGUGACAGUCUGGAUGUGUGGAAGGUGCAGUGUGACGGUGUCUACUGGGAGCGCGAUGAGGCUGUGCGCUUCAAACACGUGGGCACCGAUGUCUUUCUGAGCGUGACAGGCGAGCAGUAUGGCCACCCUAUUCGCAGCCAGCGCGAGGUGCACGGCAUGAGCUCCCCCAACCAGCACAACUGGUGGCGCUCCAUGGAGGGUGUUUUCAUCCAGCCCAGCCAGGAGCCACAGCGCCACGAUGAGCUCUGACAUCAUCACUAGGAGACACAAAGCAUGUGCAUUCCUACUCCUGUGGUGCUUUUAUAGCUUGCCUGGACCAAAUUUGUAAAUCAUGUGAAAUACUGAUAAUGAUGACUUGAAAAAAUGUUUUAAGUUUAAAUUAGCUGUUUCAAAGGACAAGAUAAACUUAUUGUGUUUACUGAAGACGUGAGAAAACAUUUAAAUCUUCCCCCAGUGGUAACCCCUGUCUUUUGUCCAGCAGGUGGCGACAAAUCACCAAGAAACAAAUACAUUUGUUGGCGCAAUUUUCUUGUUAUUUAGGGGUUACAAACCCUUGGGUCAUACAGUUGUCUGAUUGUUUUAUUGUGUGUUUUCAUGUCCUUGUAUUGAUACUGAUUGGAUUAUCCUGGUGAAAUAAAGUAAACUAAUCAAGAGGUAUCAAUAAACUGCACAUAGAUGGUGGUAGAAAA